AUUUCAAACAGCUGCUAAUUGAUACCGGCGAUAAGGCACUCGAAGUGCGACCAUCCGGCAGUCAACUUCAGGAUGUCAGCGAUCCUUCUCCUCUUAUUGGCUUCCUCGGUGUGUGGUUUCGAUGUGCCCACUUCGGCGGCCAAUCGGUUCUUCGACACUCUCUUGGAGAAGUCCUUCAACCGCCAGCCUUCCGACAGGAAGGUCCCUGAUCGUACAUUCGGCUUCCUCGGAAUAUCACUUCAACUGGGAGACAUCAUCGUCUCUGGGCCUAGUAUGUUGAAGAGGCAAGGUGACGCCGAAAUGGAGCAAAUCACUUUUAGUACGCAAGCCUAUGGAGCCAUCAACCUCGGCAAGAUCGAUUACGCCAUUCGAAACUUAGUCAUCGACAUCUUCGGCCACAAAAUAACCACGGCUGUCACCUUCACACUGGAGGAAGCAUCAACAACUUCUCGAGUUUAUGUCGUCCAACGUGAUAGAGCCAACUGUGAAGGAACUACUUUUGUCUCCGAACCUUCCGGUAAACGUAAGGUACGCUUCCAAUCACAAAAUGGUCUUUACAAGAUCUUGGAGAACGUCGCUUCCGUAUUGGUAGAUUAUCAUUUAUUAUCCGUUGGAGAUGUUUUUCAUUUUGCCGACCUCACAAAAUAUCUAGAGAAUGAGUUUAAUAAGAGUUCUAACGAAAUAUUUUGUUGAAAAUUAUUUAUUACUUUAGUGAUUCAUUUUUUAUCAUUUGCACUGAAUUGUAAAUAUAUUCGUCUUAAUAAAGAUGCUACGUUAAUGUAAUAA